AUGGCCCUGGUUGGUUUCCAGGUGGGGGUGCCUCACAGACAGGAGCUAAAAUUGGCUUUUUUUGGGUCAGAAUAAAUUGUAGUGUUGCAUAAAAGGCCAGCACAUUAUUAUUUGUUAAUUUUAAAUAUGAAUCAUGCAUGCAAAUCCUCCUCUAAUGAGUCAAAGAAAUAAGAGAUAGACAUUAGCAUAACAGAAGCAUUUGAUUGCUUUGGUGAAAGAAAAUUGUAUUUCUGCGAUUUAUUUAAAAGAAAAAACAUAAUUUGGUAAAAACUGAGCCAAAAUAAGACAAUAUUAUCUUUGGCGAGUGUGAAUUUCAGGUUUGAAGAAAAUAACUGUUAUUAUUCAGUCUGAGAAAAUAUAUCUACUACUGUUUUUCAAAUAUUUGAUAAAAGUCCUUUGUCAUUCAUUUUUGCUGCUGUGAAGCUGAACAAAAUAUCCUCUUUUUUCACCAAAAGUGAAACAGUCAAUUAAAUGCUGAUAGGUGGCCAAUAGUACCAAGCUGGUAGGAGUUUUUAUCACACCUCAUAUAACCCUACAGAAAGACCUGAUAAAAAGCUGGGCUUUAACCUCACUGGUGCAUGUUGGUCUGGGGCAAAAAGGGGACACGCCAAAUUUGUCAUUUUUACCCCUGCUCUCUGGAAUAAUUCUCCAUCUAAUUUUCUUUCCAGUCCAGCAGAUUUAAUGUAAAAUCUAAUCAUCAAUGUCUGUUUUAUUUCAUGGGUUACGGCUGCUGCUGAAGAAAGAGGGGGAAGGGGAGGAAGCCUGUUCCUGACAUACAUGUGAACUAGCUUAUCGGUGUGCUUAGGGGAACAGAACAGCAAGGUUGCAAGCUCAAAUGUAGGAAGAAAAAGGAGGCUUGUUAUUUAAGAGGUCUUACCCUGAAUGUACAGUGUUAUAGGUUAGUCCUCCCAGGGGGGCUUGGUCAGCAGGAACUCCACACCAUUUCUCCUUAACUCACUUAAAGAUUAAUGUCAAAUCAUGCCAGUGAGUGUAUGCCAGGAACCCUCAGGUGACUGAGCCAGAGGCUGCAUCUGUGCUGUUAAUGCCUGCAUGCACGUGUGCCUUUGUGUUAACUGUAUAUAUGUGCAGAAAACAUGCACUGACUGAAACGCAAGGAUUUAUUGUUUCUGUAAGAAGGACAAAAUAACAUUCGACCUUACUGGAAAGGACAUGACCAAGUAUUUGUUGUAUGUCAAUACAGCUCUGUAGAGGAAAAAAAAAAGAAGAAAUGUUAAAUUAAGAUACAUUUUUUAACAUUUCUUCUUUUACUUUUCACAAAAAAUAGCUGCUAAAACCUGCUGGUCAUCAUAUGUAUAUAUUAAAAAGUAGAAAAAGACUUAAUUAAAGGCCAAGUUUUGGGUAAGAUCAAAAAUAAUGGCUAAGUCUAGGCAUCUUUAGGGGAAUUUUAAAGGCACAGAUGAGGGAAAUAUUAAGGCUAAGUUAAAACUUAAUUUGUGGACUACUUAAGGUGUAAUUAAGGAGUCAAAUAAAGGCUUGGUAUCCACUUCAUUUUUGGUGUAAUAAAGGUUUUGUUAAGGCAUAGUAAAGAUUGUAGAAAGAAAUCUUCAAUUGUGUAAUAAAAGCUCAGUAAGGUGGUUUUAGGGCUUAUUUAAGACUCAGUUAAGAGCUUAGUACAGGCUCAGUUCAGGCAUAGUUAAGAGUUCUUUUUUUUAAGGUUAAGGCUUUAUUAAGGUUGUAUUUAGGGCUAAGUUUAAGCUAAGGAUGCUCUCAAGGUCUCAUUAAGAUACUAACAAAAGCUUAGCCAAAGGUAUGAUAAAUGUUUCUUUAAGGCUUUGAAAAGGGCCAUUUUAAGGCUUGCAAUUAGUGUUAAGUUCAGCUAAGUUCAGGCUUAUUUAAGGGGGAAAAGAUGAGUUAAGAUUGUAAUAAUUGUUUUGUUGAGGAUUAUAUGAGGUACUAAUAAAAGCUUAGUUAAGGAUGUAAUAAAUGCUUACAUUACACUUGGUUACAGACGAUUUACGCUUGAAUAUCAGGUUGUUCCCAGAAAUAUGAACUCCAAAAAAAGUCCCACAGUCAUGUUGCAGUUAAAUAUUUAUCACAUGUAUCCACAUCUUGAUUUUAAUGACUGUGAAUCAAGUGACUGACAGUGUAACUAUAUACAGUAAUUAUGCACACAGCCGGCAUUAUUAUUAUGCACAGUCAUGUUCAUGUUUGAUUAAAGGUUUGUUUACAGGCUGAGCCGGGGUUUCGCUGAAUGCUAAUUGGGAGACUUAAAGGGGAAUGUGGGUUAUUAUUUAAGAUGACAGCUUUGCGUAUUCGUGUACACAGUAUGUUUGCACUUCUCUUUUUGCAAUAAAGGAUCUAACAUGGCUGUUGACGAAGCACUCUGGAUGUUAAAAAGAGCUUUACGCAUGAGCCAGGAGAGUCAAUAAUGAUAAAUUAAAAAUGUCAACAAAAAUAAAAAAAAGACUGGACCGACAUGAUGGGUUUUAGGAUUGUGCGUCCAACCUUAUUUGACAAGAAGUAACAUCAAUAUUUAUGGUAGAGUUCACUGACAAUGUGGUGGACACAGGCGACAGGAUUAUUCUCAAUCCGUCAUUCCUCAUUAACAGAUUGUGCUGGCACUGAGUGCACAGACACCUGGCAGCAGCCCAGCUGUUGACUCUGCGUUGAUGGAUGUGGCAGCCAUGACGAGGGGUAACCAGCUUGCCGCAGCUAUCACUAUCACAGCGUAACAUAUCAAAGCUUCUCUGGAUGGUCAGAACAGACUCAGACACCAAUGAAAAAUGUGCUUUGUCUGGGACAUGAUUCUGCGCCAGCACUAAGCAAGGCAAUCAUAUUGCAGGUAUAUCACACAAUUUAUAACAGGAUUCGACGUCAUUUCAGGGCAACAUUUUGCUGCUGUUGUAUUUAACAUCAAAACUCGAAGUUUAUAUUUGUAUAAAGAGAAUACAACUUUUUAUCCUCCUUAAACUCUAAGCAGUUUCUUAAGUUUUGGGAAAACUUAAAGCAUCAAAGACCUUCUUCACUCGCUCCAAAAUACUCAAAAUAGAACUUAUGAAAGUAGUCCCAAGGUAAACUUCAAAGAAGCGCAGGAACUCAAAGGAUUUAAUUUAGGGGAACAACUUUUGUCAGUGGCUCCACCGUGAAUCAUGUAUUUCCCAGAUCAUUCAGAGCAGAGAACAAUCCAUUUUUCUUUCUGCAUUCACUUUGUGUCUGCAUUCAGAAAAUGUUUCCAGGUCAUCAGAUGUAGAAAAUGAUGCCAUGAUUCAUAAAUAAAGAUCAAAUCAAUAACCUGUGGCUAAUUAUUAGCAUGAUUGUGGAGGAAAAUCCCAUUUCUUUGUUUUGUUUUGUUGGUUAUUACAUUUCCAUUGGUCCCAAACAUCAGAAGUAAUAUUUGAUAAUGUGAUUCUCCAAAUUAUGUUUGUCUCUAAUGGCAAAUUGCCAGUGUUAAAAAAACCAGUAAACAAUAUUAAAACUGUGACAUUCUUAGAAAAAGAAUGAAAAAGUUAUCAGGAACAUAGAGAAUAAUUGUGCUUUCAUUUACAAACUGUUUAUCCUGACCAUUAUCGGUAGAGAUUGAAAGUUUAUUAAGAAAACAUUGCAGAAAAUCAUUUAGCAACUCAACAUCUCAGACCAAUGCUCAUGCCCAGGAUUUGAUAUGUGACAAAGCUUAAACACGAUCAAAAGGGUUAAUUAAAUUCUUUUUAUGACCUAGAAAAUUACACAUGAAUACAUGACAGAGUAGUUUUUUGUUACAAGGCAACAUGAUGUUCCAAACUAAAUACAAAGAAAAGAAGACCGUGACUAUCAGAUAGACCUUUGCGCACUCAAAAUAGAGUCCAUAUAGUCCUCAAAAUGGAAAUUUAAUAUUAAAAUGUGUAUUUAUACAAAUUCAAAUUCAACAGUGUUUUGCAAUAUCUAUGAAUAAUACAGUGAGUCAGUCCACACUUUCUAAAGGGACAUGGUGUACAGCUCAGUUUGCACAUGCCCACUAUUGAAAAAAAUGGCACUUGAGUAGGGAGGGUCACUCCAUCAGUCCCUUUGUCUGCUCCACAGUUAUUUCCAUACCAGUGACACAUUUGUGAUGGAAGCUUCAGGGGCUAUUUAAGUUUUAAUAAUAAUAAUAAUAGUAAUAAUAAUAAUAAUAAUAAUAAUAAUAAUAAUGAUAAUAAUUGUUGUUAUUAUUAUUAUUAUUAUUAUUAUUAUUAUUAUUAUUGUUAUUAUUGUUAUUAUUAUUAUUAUUAUCAUUGUGAUUAUUAUUAUUAUUAUUGUUAUUAUUAUUAUUAUUACCCAGGUUAGAUUCUAGGAUGCAUGCACCUUAAAGCAAACACACAAACCCUGGGGUUCCAGUAAAGGAAGGCCUAAAACAAACAUAGAUCUGGUUUAUUUUCAUUUUUUCCCAGGGUUACUGUAUAACUUAGUAUAUAUAAUUAUUUUAUGAUUAGUAAUAUGAUCCUGAACACCGUAUGUGGAAAAUGAGCCCUCUCUCUCUCUCCCCCAUGCUAAAAAUCGUUUAAUCCAUGGUCACAAUCAAAACUGCCAAGAGAUGCUGGAACAUCAUGUUACCUCCAAUAAUAAAAAUAAAUUAAUAAAAAAAUAUAUGAAAUAUACACGUUUCCUCUUUAAGGAGUUGCAUUUGAUCGGUCACUAAGGCUACGUUCACACCGCGGGUUAUGAUGCACAAUUCAGAUUUUUUGUUAAAUCCGAUCUUUUAGUGCGGUCGUUCACAUUACAACAACAAAUGCGGCCUCUAAUGUGAACGGAAUGCAUCCGUGAAGUGACCUGCAUGCGCACAAAGCACAAAUUGCGUUCGUGUUGUCAAAAAAAUGGUGACGUUUGUCGCAUAUUGAUGACGUAUAAGUCGGAUGAACGCAACCUGACCGUCCACACUGCAGUCACAUCGGAUACAUAUCCGAUUUAUAUCCACAUACAAAAGAGACCUGGGUCGGAUUUGAGAAAAUCAGAAUUGCACUGUUCACACUUACAUGAAAGAAUCAGAUAUGUGUCACAUAUGGUUAAAAAAUCGGAACUGACCUGCAGUGUGAACAUAGUCUUACUCUGGUUCUUUCAGGAAGUUGAAGUACUAUGUUUUUGUCUUUGAACUACAUUUCCCAAACGACAGAGACUCAUUUCCCAUAAGCCUUUGCGUCGCUCCGCCGCUUACAGUUACAAGAAGGUCGCGCACAACUCCAGUUCACAGAGACAGGAAGAAGAAAAACAGACAGAAAUCAUGCUCGGACAAGCUGUAAGGCGAUUCACGACGUCUGCUGUGCGUUCUUCACACUAUGCUGAGGGACCCGGAAAGGUGAGACCCUCUCUUAAAAGCAGAAUUAUGGAUCUAGAUGAAUUAGUUUGGAUGCGGCCUUGUCUUAGCUGUAGCCUGACGCUAGCUAACGCUACUUGGAGGUCACGUCCGUCAUUUGACAAGAGUGUAACUAUAAUGCUGCUAAGGUGGAGAUACGUGCUAAAAAUAUGUCAUGAUAAACGUUUUAUGAUAUCAUAUUAAGGACAUACUCGUAUCUACAAGUAUUGUCCCGCUAAUAGUCUGAAAUGACGAAGUGUUGAUUAGCCCCGUGGCUAAGCUAACAACCGGUUAACAUUGAAGUGCUGAUAUAUGAGGAAGCGACCAAACAAAACAAAAACAGGACAGAGAAACCUGAUUAUCACGGUGACAUUUUCUGUGCUGAAGCUUAUCUCCAGAAGAAAGUAGUAAAGUUGCUUACGUGAAUGAUAUAGAUUUAUAAACUAUUUGUCCUUCAAUUUGUGUCUAAAUAGCUUUAGAUUAAGGUCACACACAGAGGCGCUGUGCUUUGGGGAUCACUAUAAGUUCACCAGCAGCUUCACCUGUUGCCAGAAGGAAAAAAGCUUUACUAUUGUCCUUAACCGCCUAUUUUCUUUUUUACUCUCCUGUACUUGAUUCUAAAAUAUAGUACACUACAAUGGAUGCAGUCUAAAUAUUCCUGACAUUGUCGACAUGUUAAUAUGGAGUUUUGUCCAACACACUAUAACAAAAAAGCAGUGAUAGUGUACCUAUAUUAAGGUGAGCAACAGUUAAAUAGAAUGUAUGAUUUAGACCAAAACCCAUAACCUCUGGGAACAAACUACAGUUUAGGAUUACAUUUGUACAGUGUAUAAGAAGUUGAGGGGAAAUGUAAAGUAUUUACAUCACAUUUACAAACAUUUUACUUUUAACCUCCAGCUAAAUCUUGGUUACAGGAUUAAACUAGAAUACUGUUCUUGUGCCAGUAAACAAGUAAGAGGCAGGCAAGGCCAUUUUAUUGACGUUUGCCUGCCUCCACUAAAGAAGGUGGCGACAUGCCCCCCUUACAGUUAGUUAUCAUUAGGCUGUCUCCAAGUUGGCCUACCACAGACAGUCUAAAAGCUUGUUUUUUAUUUCCCUAUUUCUUCUAGUUUGAUCCCAAAUAACUUCAAAACAUAAAGAAAUUCAACAUAGUGCAAAUCUAGUUGGACUAGUUUGUUAAGAAAUAUCUUCAAGUCCAGUUUCAGUCAAAAUAACCCUGUAAAUCGUUUUAUUAUGUCAUAUAAAUGUACUGUAUUUCCUCCUCAUUAGGCUGUCUUCAAGUUGACCAACCACAGACAGUUUAAAAGCUUGUUUUUUUAUUUCCCUAUUUCUUCUAGUUUGAUCCCAAAUUUCUUCAAGACUUGUAGAAAGUCAACAUGGUGCAAAUCCAGUUUGACUAGUCUGUUAAUACAUAACUCAAAGCCCAGUUUCAGUCAGAAGAACACUGUAAAUCGUUUUAUUAUGUCAUAAAUGUACUGUAUUUCCUCCUCGUUUAAUUUUAUAAGUAUUUUCUGAACUUUAAAUGGAGUUUGUCCUUUUUAACAGGGUCAUCCAUAUAUGACACUUUAUGCAAUAUAUAUAUUUAUGGAUCAUUAAUUUCAGUGCUCAGGCAUCAAUUAAUUAGUGCUGAUAAAAGGUCACUGUCACCCUUUAGGAACAAAUUUGUAAAAGAAUCAAAUGCGUAUGUUAUGACUUUCAUGAAUCAUAAUUUUCUCUGUUCCAAAACAUUUUUUGUCUUUGUGCAGAAUUUGCCCUUCUCUGUGGACAAUAAGUGGCGUCUGCUGGGCAUGAUGGUGGUGUUCUUUGGCAGUGGCUUUGCAUUCCCCUUCAUCGUUGUCAGACAUCAGAUCCUGAAGAAGUAA